UGAGUGAGCGAUCAUAUGAUACAUACAUUGAAUGUACGACAGCUGUGAGUGUUGUUGUUGUUUGUGUUGAUUAUUGCGUUCAUUGUAUUCAUUGUCUAAAUUGCAAACAAUACGCACUUGUCUUCAAAUUGAUCCACUAUUGUCUUCAUAGAUGAAAUAAUUGUCAACAAAUGGCACAACAAACUAAAUCAUUCAAACAAAGACGUUCUUUUGCUCAACGCAAACAAGACGUCGAAGAAAUCAGAAAUCUUCACCCAAACAAAAUCCCAGUGGUGAUCGAGCGCUUUCACGGAGAAAAACAGUUACCACUUCUGGACAGAACUAAAUUCUUAGUUCCGGAUCACGUGUCCAUCGGUGAACUGAUCAAAAUUAUUAGACGUCGACUUCAAUUACAUCCAAAUCAGGCUUUCUUUCUAUUGAUAAAUCAGAGAUCAAUAGCAGCCGUAUCCACAACUAUGGGAGAGAUCUAUGAAAGAGAACGGGAUGAGGACGGCUUCUUGUAUGUGGUCUACGCUUCUCAAGAAGUAUUUGGUUGACAAAUGUUUUUUCUCUAACUAUUUUAUGAUCACAUUAUAUACAGUGUUCUUCAAUUACUAUAUAAAACUGUAUAAAAUUAUAAUUGUAAUAUAUCUUAAACUUAUUCAUUCAUAAACUUAAUUCAGUAAUUUAAACUGAUUUUACAUUAUAAUCAAAUAUUGAGUGAUUUAGUUGUAUUGUUCAAUGAUUCAAAUGAUGUCUUCUUUUUUUUCUUAAUUUACUACAAUCUUCAACAGUGGCAGUGAAAAUAAUUUUUGUUUUUAAUAAAUAUUGAUUAUUAUAAUAAUUAAGUUUAGAAAUUUAAUAGUAUACUGUAUAAGUUCACAAAUUUUCAAAUUCUAGCUAAAUUUAAAUUUAUG